AUGGCUUCGACGCGUCCGCAUCCGUAUGUUCAGAUCUACCAAGAUCCCAUGCCGCUUCCGUCCAACAUGUCACCUGCACAUAAACCGCGACCACAUUUACAACCUUCGGCAAUGCCUUUACAGCCCAUGAGGAAUCCGCCGGGUCGUCCUGAAGUCAUACUCAACGCCCCGAUGGUUGCAAGUCACCAGAUGUCGCCGUUGAAGAGCCAUCCAAUGUCACCGCCCAAGCAGAACUAUUCAAACCUCAACUACAUCCCCAUUCCUCCUCCGCCCUCGGCAGCCAACAUGUACACCGACUCCCCCGCGAAGAGACAUCAUAUGCCUCCACAUCAACAAUUCGCACCCGUUCAGAUGAUGCAACAGCCGCUCUUUACCACAUUCAACAGCAAUUUCGAAACGUAUGAACAAGAAAGCUACCCACAACCCCCUAUGCCGGACAACUAUGGAGAAUUUCCAGAUCCCUCAUAUAUUCGAAAAAUGCCCCUGAAGAGAUCAUACUCUGACGCGCAGCUGGUUCAUGACCGCCCACUCAAGAAGGCAAAGCAAGAGGAGGAAAUCAUCACACCUAUCCCUGAACCAGAAGAGAUGCCCGCCAUUGAGGAUGAUGGCAAUAAGCCUUCUUACAGCUAUGCUCAAAUGAUCGGCAUGGCGAUCUUACGGGCGCCGAACCGCCGUCUCACCCUUGCGCAAAUCUACGAGUGGAUCUCCAGUACAUUUGCUUAUUAUCGCGAAGACACCAAGCAGAGUUGGCACAACAGCAUCAGACACAACCUGUCUUUGCACAAGGCAUUCACGAAGCAAGAGAGGCCAAAAGGCGAUGCUGGUAAAGGGAGCUACUGGGUCAUCGAGCCUGGAAUGGAGGGUCAGUUUAUCAAAGACAAGAACCGGCGUGCCAAUAAUAUGGCACAUCUCAACAUACAAUCCAACACCAUCCGUUCGGAUCCUUCCAAGAUGGCUCAGUCACUGUCAGAGGCUCUGAUGCCUAGUCCUUUUAUUGUUCAGCCGAGUGAGGCACCCCCUGUCCGACCUCAGACGGCGCCCGCUCUGCCAGAGUUAUCUUCGGACGCAACUCUUCCGGCGUCGGAUCUAGCUCUGGACGAGCAAGAUGCUCCAGAAGCCGAAGAACACGUCCUGCCUGCUGCUCCAAAGUCUUCACCUCCCGAUGCCAUCAACUCUUCUCCGCCGGUACGCACGGCCAAUCAUCAUCGCAACAUUUCAUCGCCCACUGCACGCGUGCAGCGGCCGACCUCGGUCCACAGACAGAAGCGUUCUUUGUCCAAGAUGGACGACAGCGGCUACUUCUCGUCUAUCGAGUCUUCUGUGUUGCGUCCGAACAAGAAUGCCGUGGUACUUACCUCAGAGCUUGACAUUGAGCCGAUGAGAAAGAAAACCGGAAGAGCCGAAGAGGAGAUCGUUCGGAUUCGAAGCUCUUCUCAUGACGUGACCCCGAGCCACACCCGCUUCCGCAAUGCUGCUGGAGAUGUUGCACGGUUAUCAUCUCCUGUCCGUGUUAGUCCGGGUGGAAGACGGAAUCCUGUAACACCCUCGGUUGUCUUCAAGAAGCCGCUUCGGCCACCGCCCUCGGUUUCCCCAAACACCCAACUACACCUUCAUCGCAAGGCUAUGCGAGAUUUUGCCAAUUCACCCCUCAAGAACUUUGGACAUUUCGAACUGGACGCUUACAGUCCGCUCAAGUGGUCAAGCUUGACUGCCUGUAGUGGAGCCGAAGAUUCUUUCGAGAUCUUCACUGACCCGGCAAUUGGCAUGACUCCCGCCACACCUGGGUUCACCUCAUCCCCGUUGAAAGGGUCGAUCGCUCGUCCUGCAUUGGGACGAGCUUCCACAACUAGCAACGUGCUUUCUGAAAUGGUCGGCAGCGCUUACCGACUCAAUGCAAAGACGCCAACCCGCGGCAGUCUCCUGAAACCUGGAGUACGGGCUACGUUCUCUGGAUCCCCAUUGAAGGGUACGACGGAGAACAUUCCCGUCCUCGACGAUCAUGAUCUUUUUGAUUUCAAUUCUUUCGAGAAUGAAGCCUCUGAUAAUGAGGAUGGUGUCGACAUCUUGAAAGGAUUUGAAAAGAUCGGUGGACCCUCGGUGCAGGUUUCAGCUGAUCACAUCCGAAGACCCUCGCUUGGUGGUCGCAGUUUUACUUCACGAUUCUGA